CGUCACUAAUAACCAGUAACUGCCCAGUUACAAAUGAUCAGUAACUAUCCCGUCACUAAUAACCAGUAACUGUAUUACCCACAGAUGCCGUGAAGACAACACAACUGUUCACAUACACAAGUCCCGACCAACGCACUCAGAAACUCCUAAGCUUCAGACUCCAAACCCCACCACUCCCCAUCUCCUCGAGGCUAGUAUCCCAAAGAAUGGAUCGAGAUUCAUCCUAAGCAAGGCGAGAUCCCCCUAAGCAAGGCGAGAUUCCCCCUAAGUGACGCAAGAUUCCCCCUAAGUGAGGCAAGAUUCCCCCUAAGUGAGGCAAGAUACCCCUAAGCAAGGCAAGAUUCCCUCUAAGUGAGGCAAGAUUCCCCCUAAGUGCGGCAAGAUUCCCCCUAGGCAAGGCAAGAUUCCCCCUAAGUGCGGCUAAAUUCCCCCUAAGUGAGGCAAGAUCCCCAACUGCCGGGGCCACAAUGGACACAAUCGAGGCUGUUCCUCCUCUAGAGGAAGCGAGAUUGUUCUCAAGAGUCUCUAGCAUCUCAAGAGUCUCUAGCAUCUCAAGAGUGUCUAGCAUCUCUAGAGACUCUAGCAUCUCUAGAGUCUCUAGCAUCUCUCGAGACUCUAGAAGUGAAGAGGAGUUAGUGAGAGGGAGGCGAGGAGUGGUGGGGAGAGUGAAGGGGAGCUGGGGAGGCGGAGGCUGCCUCAUGAGGCACACGACGAGGAUAUUGCUGCUGGCGGUGCUCUGCUUCGUCUCCAGCAACCCCAUGGCGCUCGCCGAACCCAACCACUCGAAGGACAUCUCGAGUUCAAACCUACGACAAAUGGAGAAAUUAAUCCUGGACAACAUCAUCGGCCCCGACAACUACGACAAGCGGAUUAGGCCCGCUGGCGUCAACGAUACUGGUCCGACGGAGGUUCACAUCAACAUCAUGAUCCGCAAUGUGCAGACCAUUUCUGACGUCAGGAUGGAGUACAGCAUUCAGAUCACCUUCAGGGAGCAGUGGCUGGACUCCAGACUCAAGUUCGACAGCAUGGCGGGUCGCAUCCAGUACCUAACUCUGACGGACACAAACAUGGUCUGGAUGCCCGACUUGUUCUUCAAGAACGAGAAGGACGGACACUUCCAUAACAUCAUCUUGCCUAACCUCUACAUCAGGAUAUUCCCCGAUGGCGGCGUUCUCUACAGCAUCAGGAUCUCCCUGACGCUGUCGUGCCCUAUGGACCUGAAGCUCUUCCCUCUGGACCGCCAGCAGUGCCAGCUACAGAUGGCAUCGUGUACCUACAGCUGCCUUCAGGUUGACUUGGUGUUCAAGAGAGAAUUCUCGUUCUACUUGAUCCAAUACUACGUACCAUGCUGCAUGCUGGUGGUGGUUUCGUGGGUCAGCUUCUGGCUUGAUGCCCAAUCCGUACCGGCACGCGUGUCGCUGGGCGUCACAACUCUGCUCACCAUGUCAACUCAGACCUCCAGUAUUAACCAGUCGUUGCCACCUGUCUCCUACACUAAGGCCAUCGACGUAUGGACGGGCGUGUGUUUGACGUUUGUGUUUGGUGCUCUGCUUGAGUUUGCCCUCGUCAACUACGCGUCGCGGUCCGACAAACACAGAGAGAAACUCAAGGAUAAGAUCAAGGAGUGGGAAGUGGAGCAUCAGGCCGUGCUCCAGGCCCAGAUGGAGCAAGCGGAGCACGGCAACCCUGGCGACCCACACUCCGGCUUUGCCAUGAAGCCCCUGGUGUCCCGCCACAACGGGGCCAUGGGUCCCACCGGCGACAAGACCCAGCCCUGCCAGGUGCACCUGACGCAGACCCGCAAGGAGUGCUGCCACAGCUGGCUCGCCAAGUUCCCAACCCGCAGCAAGCGUAUCGACGUCAUCUCCCGCAUCAUCUUCCCGAUGGUCUUUGCCUUCUUCAACCUGGCUUAUUGGAGUACUUAUCUCUUCACAGAGGAGGAGGAGAUUCCUAAACAGCAGUAAGGAGUUUUGAGAGGAGAAAAUUUCCUAGGAAGAAUAAAGAGCUCAAAAGGAGCUGAUUCUCAAGUAAUGAUAAAGCGGUUCAAGAUGUACAUGUUCCCAAGUAUGAAUAAAACGGUUCAAGAGGUACAUGUUCCCAAUUAUGAAUAAAACGGUUCAAGAGGUACAUGUUCCCAAUUAUGAAUAAAACGGUUCAAGAGGUACAUGUUCCCAAGUAUGAAUAAAGCGGUUCAAGAGGUACAUGUUCCCAAGUAUGAAAAAAUGGUUCAAGAGGUACGUACAUGUUCCCAAGUAUGAAUGAAACGGUUCAAGAGGUACAUGUUCCCAAGUAAGAAUAAAGAGAUUCGAUUGGUGCAUGUUCCGAAGUGGCAUGGCUGGAGCUGAUUUAGAAGCUAGAAUAAAGGUCUUCAAUGAUGCAGAGUAAAAAGCAGUAAAAAAAAGGGCUCGGGUGAAGCUUAUUCUCAGGGUUAAUUGGAAGGUGUGGUAUGGCGGAAUUUUAGUCUAGAAAAAUUCAGCAAAAAAACUUCUAAAAAUUUUGAUAAACUAAAAAAUUUCUAACUCUCGACGAGAAGAAAAUUUCAAGACCAGAACGGUAAGGAUUCGGAAGGUAGAAGAUUCUUAAGCGCGAAUUAAAUGUGAUGCUGAGGCACAAGCGAUUGCCCGAACUCAUAUGGAGUUGUGCUAUGAAGCGAUCUCCGAUUUGUCGAAUCGAUUGCUACGAACCGACCUCCGGGUUCACACGAACUGGUAACAUUUGUGUAACGAACAGAUAUCCGAUUGGUCGAACCGAUUGCUACGAACCGACCUCCGAGCUCACACGGACUGGUAACAUUUGUGUAACGAACAGAUGUCCGAUUCGCCAGAACUUCGAACGACGACUUGUGCAAGCGGAGUUGAUUAAACGAAAUUUGGGCGCAUUUUGAGUUUGAGGUGUGAGAGACUCGAACUUGCGAUUCUUUACUUUACUAGUGAAUAUUAUAUUGCUAGUGUUACUGUAUCAGCUUUUUCUUGUUAGCAUCUUACCCACAGGACAUGUAACGUUGAAUUCACGUUCAUUAAUCGUUGUUUGAGUGAAAACAGCUCGCAAUUAACGUGGCUAUGCAACCGGCGGAGUUACAAGGAAGGUUGUUGUUGUAUAACUGCUCAGAUCGAAUCUUAACCUCUGUUGUGGUGUGCUCACUGAUAGCUUGAGUUAAAAAAAUGUGCUUUAGAGAUGUUGUUAUUAUUACGUGAAAGUUUUAGUGAGUUGUAAACUUUAUGCUUUGUGUCUAAAUAUCAGAGAAGUAGAGUAUUAUAUAAAUAUAAGAUUAUUACAGGGAAUGAGUUGCGCACUUUCUUGAAAGAAAAAUAACUUAUAAAUCAAG